AUGAGUAGCUACAAGGAUCAAGUCUUAGAGGCCCUCACCAACUGUUCUCAGGAACGACUCAACGCCGCUAUGGAGAAUCCUUCGAUGAUGAGAGAACUUCUCGAGAUUUGUGGUACUGAGCUUGCCGCUUGUAUCGGCCCUUCCAUCGGAGAUCCAGUUCAGCGUGCUAAGCGCCCUCUGAAUGGCUUCAUGGCUUUUCGAACCUACUACUUGAAGCUCUUCCCCGAUACUCAGCAGAAGGACGCUUCUGGUUUUUUGACUCAGCUCUGGGCUACGGACCCCAAUCGAAACAAAUGGGCCCUAAUUGCCAAGGUCUACUCCUUCACCCGAGACCACGUCGGUAAGGCCAAAUGCAACUUGAACCCGUUUCUCAGCGUUGCAUGCCCCAUGAUGAAGAUCGUUGAGCCUGCUGAGUACUUUGGGUUGUUCGGCUGGCAGGUCAGUCACGACAACUUUGGUAACAUGGUCCUCGUGCAGGAUCUCGCGGUCAUGGCAAACGCACCUCUCGACAAUUUUGAGCACCCCACCACCGAGAUUGAUCUGCUCACAGAUAUUCUUGUGGCUGGCUACUUUUCUGAGUACUCCCAGCACCUGCAAGUUCUGAUGUGGACUUCUCAGAACGGCAUCAUGGCCCCUGCUGGUACCUUCGUUAAUGACGCUAUCGGGGAGCAGCUCUACGAGCCCGUCCCAACGACCUCUGAGAAGACCGAUUUCAUCGAAUCAGUUCGCAACAACGCCUGUGAGGCCGCUCAAGCCCUAUUCGGUCCUGAUUACGAUGCCCAGUUCUUCCAGAGCCGAUUUGUUCACUCUUGGGAAGUGGAUGAUCUCACUAGCUUUCAGGGUGUCCAGAUUUCCAUCGCUGAUGAGCCCCUGCCCGCAAACACACUCUACGAUUUCAACCAGCUCCCUGAAAACGUCCCUCAGGUCUCCGAGCUCACCAUCGACACCUCCAUUGACGCCGAUAUCAUGGAGAUCACCAGCGCUUGGUCUGUUGACAAGAUCACCUUUGAUCGCCUGAACCGAGAGCGCUAG